AUGAAUCCGGGAGAGUUCGCCAACCCGGGCGCGGGGCCUGGCCGGCCAGCCCUGCCUGUUGGAAUGAGGCAACCACCCAAGAGUGAAAAUAUACAGGCUGUCAUGAACCAUGUAGCCUCAGUAAUCCAAAACCAGGGACCUUAUGGUGGUUGGAAGGCCACGGUCCAAGUAAAGGACCGCGCCCUGCACAUUUAUCAAAUGAUCUCUUCCCUCCGUCUCAUUCAACCUAGCAUCGGUCUCACCCAAGCAGCCCAGGCGGCCAUGAGUUUUGAGUCCAAGGCCUUUUCCAAAGCCAAUGAACGAGACGACUAUGACAAGGAAUGUACCGAGAAGCUUCUUCACAUCAAGGACACACGAGAGAGACAAGCUGCGGUCUACCAAAGUGGAAUGAUACCUCAGACGGGCGCCGUCCCAAAUCAGAUGGCAGUCGGCUUCCCACCCCAAAUGACACAAAACAUGCAAAGCUCCCCCGCUGGUCAGAACCAAAUGGCAAUGGGAAUGAACAAUGCUGCCCUUCAACAACAGCAACAGCAACACCAGCAGCAACAACAACAACAACAGGCGCAACAACAGCAGCAGCGGCAACAGCAACAGUCUCAGGCAAUGCUUCAGCAACAGGCGCAGCAACAAGCGCAACAACAAGCGCAAACACAACGCACCCAACAACGUCCCGCCAAUGGAAUUCCUCUGCCUGACGAUCUCAACACCUUAUCUCCUCAGGACCUCGAUAAUGUCUCUCGACUGGCCAACGAGAUGCUGACCAAGACUCCCCCUGAAGACAUGGAAAAGAUCAAGAUGAAUCUGUCAAACAUGACUCCCGAACAGCGUCAAUAUCUCGCAAGAAAGAAUCUUGAUCCAAUGACCUACUUUUUCCGCUCUCAGGCGCUUGGUCAGAUCAGACGUCAUCGUCGCGCCCGCGCAGAAAUGGGACGUACCCAAAACGCUGGAUUAGACCCCAAUGGCAACAUGAUGGGUGAUCCAAUGAUGAAUUCGCAACAGCAGCGACAAGCGUUUCAGAACAUGCUGAACCUCCAGCGCAACAACGCAUUCCCUGGUAAUUCUGGCCAGCCAAUGGAGCCCCCGAAUUUCAUGGGCAACGUGGAAAAUAUUCAAGGACAGCAGGCGGAUGGCUUACGCUCCCAAGAAGCUGGUCAGCUAGUGGUUCCUGCAAGUUCAUCGCAAAUGAAUCAGGCACCUUUCCCAAACAACACACAUAAUAACAUGUUCCCGCAGCAGAUGGGCCAGAAUGGCCAGGCCAAUAUGAGCAGCGAUAACGUCAACGCCCAGGCCCAAGCCCAAUUUCUUGCUCAGCAGCAGCAGCAUAUGCAAGGUGGCUCCAAUGUCCCCCCCCAGGAUCGAAUGCAAUUCCAGGCGCAGGCCCAGGCUCAGGCUCAGGCACGUGCACAGGCGGCUCAGAAAGCUCAGAUGGCAAUCUCUGGCCACCAGGCAAAUCCUCAAGGACAGUCACAACUCACUGGUCAGAAUCCCGGCAUGCCGAUGCUGAACCAACCGAUGGCACCCGGCCAGAUGUCACCAGCUCAGGUCCCUGGUCAAACGCGACCUCCCUCCCGCCCCAUGUCUCAGCAUCCGGGAGGUGUUCAAGGCCAGACGCCAAUGCAAGGCCGUCCAGCAAUGCCCCCCAAUAUCCCGCAGCAUAUUCAAGACCAGAUUAACCGCAUGACCCCAGAGCAAGCUCAGGCUUUCAUGAUGACCCAACAGCGUCGUGCUAUGAGCAAUAUGGCUCGGAAUUCUGCUCAACAACCCGGCUCCUUACAGCAGAAUCAACCCCAGCCAGGUCAAGCUCAGCAGAUGGGCAACAAUCAAAUGGGCAAUCCAAUGAUGAGAGGCAUGAAUGCUCCUCAGGAUUUAAACCCAGGUGGACUCCCCCAAGGCCAGCAGAUGACCCCACAGCAGCGUCAACAACGGCAGAACGAGAUGUUCAAGCUUCAAAUGCUGCGACAGCAAAACAACGGAGUGGAGAUGACCGCCGAUCAGAGCAAGCAAAUGGAUCGUGUAGCGUUCCCUCCGUCGAUUUUGAAUAUGAACGGCGCCUCUAUGCAAGUCCCCAAAAAUGUAAAGAAUUGGGGUCAGCUCAAACAAUGGGCUGCUUCAAACUGGGGAGGCACAAGACCUAAUGAUGUGUCCCGUCUUAUGGUGCUCCAGAAGCUUCACCUGGGGCAAUUGCUCUCAUCCGGUACUGGUCUUGUCAAGGACCCAAAUGUUCCAGGUCAACAGGCAACCCCAUUCCAAAACACCCAGAAUCAAUUUACAAACCCCCAGGGCUUCCCUGUCGGUCAGCAACAACCUAUGCCAAAUAUGGCCGGUAUGCGGCCGAUUACCCCCCAAGACAUUCAAAUGGCGCGUCAAAAGCUGGGACCCCAGUCGGCCAACUUCACCGAUGAACAGAUACGCGAUAUUCUGCACCGCAAUCGCCAAAGGCAAUUGAUGCAGGCUGCACAAAAUCGAGCUAUCCAAAUGGAGGGAACCAUGCCGCCUGGACAGCCCGGCCAACCGACGGCGCAACCUCCAUUCCCUUCAGCCCAAGCCGUUCCUCAGCCUAAACCGCAACCGCCACAGCAGACACAGCCAAUUGCAGACCCACAGUCGUUGGCAAAAGCCCAGGCCGCGGUCAACGCCAAAAAUGCGAAGGCUGUGGCCGGGAAACCGGGGUUGAAGAAGAGACCCAGCAUGGAUGACACUCCUGAUGACAAACCCAUGGCUACUCAACAGAAUCAGCCUGCAAUGCCUCUGGGUGCCGGUCCUGGCGCCACAAGGCCUGGAAUGCCAUUCACGCCGGAACAGCUUGCACAAAUGACUCCGCAGCAGCGAGCCCAGGUAGAUGCGCAUAUGUGGAGGCAGCAGCAACAGCAGCACCAGGCUCAACCCAAGGUUCUUAGCAGAGUUGCCGCCGAGGAAGCGUGGAACAAGAACCUACCACCUCAAGUCAUGGAGGUUUACAAUGAAAUCUCCAAGGCGGCCCCACCUGCAAAGCCCCUACCCAUCAGUAACGAGGAAAAGACUUCAAUGACAAACCAGUUACGUGAUUCUCUACAGGUCCUCGGUCGGUUAGAUACCUUAGUGCAAUGGUAUGCCAAAGUGCCAGGCCAGGAGAAAAAUGUCAGAAAUCUUCUCGCCAUGCGAAUUCAACUCAUGAGACAGUUUAAGCCUUCGCAGGAUUGGGUCGUCAAUGAUCAGUUCACUAUCACCAACGACUACCUUCAUGGCGCCGUCAUGUUCAUGAAAAGAUUGUUCCAGUUGAUGCUUACCCGUAUCCAACAACAGAGCCAGCGUGCCAAUGCUGCUCAGUCUUCUGCCUCCACCGGACCAAAUGCGCAAGGCACUAUGCCAGCACUGAAUGCAACCAACUUACAACAGUUGCAGGCGCAAGAAGAAGCCCUCCAGCGAGCUCGGCGCGCGUCAAGUCAAUCUGCCCCCGUCCCACCUGCGCCUUUCGGUGCUCCAUCCCCAUCAGGAGUUCCUCAUGCAUAUGGCCCAGGAGGCCUUGCCCCCGAAAACCUAAAAUUACCUCCCCCGAAAAGAAGGAAGCAGUCUCAUGCUGGUAUUGCUUCAUCUCCAAUCCAGCCCAAUGUGGCUCCUGUGGCAGCAGCCAAGUACAACAAGGCGGUCGCGGAUGCCAAAUCGACAGCUGCAGCGUUGGCGGGUGCUUUCAAGUGCAGCGUGGUCGAAUGUCAACACCACUACCAAGGAUUCCCCACUCAAGUGGCCUUGGACAAGCAUGUCGAGGAAAGUCAUCAGCCAGAGGAGGAAGAAGUUAUUGAUGACUAUCUCAAAUAUUACUAUGAAAGUAUUUCAAUCGGACUGGGAUUGAAUCCCAACGACCCUCAAGCCCCACAGGCCGGUACCGUUGGAUUCGCACCACUGGCCAACAAAAUCAAUACGGCGGCUUCUCCUGCGAAACAAAGCAUUGCCACCCCCGUGCUUGGCAACCUGACUCCCAUGGCCCGAGUCACCAGCCAACUCGGCGGCAAGACUGCAUCUCCUUCUAUAUCAACACAGCUUCUCACCCCGCAGCAGUCUGCUAAGGGAGUGAAGCCUGCUGGCAAGUCUGGUCUGGAGGACAGUGAGCAAAAGGACCCAUGGGCGGACUGUCCCACCUCCCUUGACGCCCUGCAUGACACCUUCUCGAAUCUGGCAAGCAAGGACCUGCCUCACUUGGGCUACGAUCCCCUGGAGGACUUCAAUGUCAACGAAGCCACCCCAGAAGAUGAUUGGCUUGCUCUCGGUACUCUCACCCCUCCUGACGAGGCCGACCAAGCCGCUUUCUUAGACAAAUUCUACGAACCCUGGGAUGAUGAGUCCAUUGCAUUGGCCGCUGCCACAAUUCGCAUUCCACCUGAGAUUCAAGUUAAGAGCGAAGGUUCCAUGGGACAACUUGAAGUUGAUUGGGACGCCGUUGCCCGUUAUGACAAGGAGGGCAUUUCAAUACCCAUCACUUGA